GGGUCAAAUGUUAAUCAAAUCAAACUAUGAAGAGAGUCCAAAAUACUUCAGAGCGUAUUUAUUCAACAGAAGGUUCCAGUGAAGCAAACUGUAGCAAUGACAGUUCAGACGCUGGCACACAAGUUUUAGAGAGUUUACCUCAAGGACAAAAUUCACCUUGCAGCUGUACUGACAGCCAUCCUCUCUUCAAUGCACAAUUUCCAUGCCCACCCAAAAAAAGUAUCCUCAGGCUCAUCUGUAAUUUGAUAGUUCUAAGCCUAAUAACUCCAUUUUGCUUAGUGAAAAAAGUCUACUGCAUUAUAUCAAGUGGGAGCUGUACUCGGAAGAUUUUAUUUUGGGUGGCCCUAUUCCUGUUGCUUGUUGGUGCUACAUACGUGGGACUGCUUGAUGGAAACCGGCUCUUUGGAGAUGGGUGGAAAGACUGUUCCAUUUGUGAUCUCUUCGAGGAUGGAACAAAAGAUCUGAGAUCCUUAAUGAAAGCUAGGAAAAUUUUGGUAAAAAAGUCACUUGAAAUCCCAUCUCUGAAGGUGCAAGUACAUAUGCUGCGAACAGAAGUUCAAAGUCUGAAAUUGCGUAUGAAUGAUAUUGCCUAUAAUGCAGUUAGUGAGGCACUAAAAGGAUAUACAAGCAAAGGCAUUACAAGAUGGAGUAUUGAAAAAAUGCUUAAAAAAAUUAAGCAAAAGUUGGAUGAAGAUGUUGUUCAUAUGCCAGAUUAUGCACUCAGAUCAGCAGGUGCCAGUAUUGUUUACACCAGGACUACUAGAAGCUACCACCAUCAUGGAGGAGGAUAUUUCUGGAUGUCAAUCAAGAUACUCCCUUUUGUGAAAUCUCCAGACAUAAUUCUUGAGCCCAGUUACUACCCUGGAAACUGCUGGCCUUUUCCUGGAAGUCAAGGCGAAGCUGUGGUCAGACUAGCCAUGGAAAUUGUUCCAAGAGCUGUUACAAUACAGCAUAUAUCUAAGAAAGUCUCCCCCACAGGAGAGAUCUCUAGUGCUCCCAAAGACUUUGCCAUUUAUGGACUAAAAGGAGAAAAUGAGGAACAAGGAACUUUCUUGGGCCAGUUUAUGUUUGACAUGAAUGGAUAUUUAAUUCAAACAUUCCAGUUGAAGAAUGAAUCUUCUGAAUUUAUGAGCUAUGUAAAGCUGAAAGUGCUAAAUAACUGGGGCCACCCAAAUUACACUUGCAUUUAUCGGUUUAGAGUACAUGGAAAUUUAACUGCAUCUGAGUAUUCUGUAGAUGACCAUGCUAAUACAGGAAGGAGGCCACAUUAGCCCAAUGGCAAACCAAUGUAACUUUGCUGAGCUUCUGAUUCUAUAAUUAAAAUAGAGAUUUGCAACAAUGGCAAGGUUGUGGGAAACUGCUUUAUUCUCUUUCAUUAUUGACUAUGAAAUAGCAAGGCUGCAAUGAACAGAAGUUUAAAUUAUUUGUGACUAUUAAUUGCUUUGGGGAGAAAAUAAGACAUGAAAAAUUUACUACAUACAGUAGGAAGACUAUAAAUUCUAUUUCUCAAUGGUCAUGGACAUUCAUUUUAUUCCUAAGAAAAGCAACAGACCUAGAGUUGGCAGCGAGCAUGGCAUUAGCUGACAAGAACCAGGACUGGCAUCUCUGUUGCUUCCCAUGCAACUGUACACAUUCACAGCUCGUACACAUUUAUAAGAAGAAAGUUGUGUA